UACUCUCCAGGGCUAAAUAAAAACCGUUACCAACCUCUCUUCAUUUCGAACUAUUCUCUCUCAUUCUUGAAACUGAAUCUGAAGUUGAAGGCUGAGGGAAAAAUGGCACAUUACCAUGGCGACUAUGGAAAGAAUGAUGAAGUGGAAUUUGUCCGAACCGGCUAUGGGAAGGACAUGGUCAAAGUUCUCCAUAUUCAGAGGGAUGGAAAAUACCACAGCAUCAAAGAGGUGGCGACUUCGGUGCAGUUGACUCUGAGAUCCAAAAAGGAUUACCUAUAUGGUGAUAAUUCCGAUAUCAUCCCUACAGACACCAUCAAGAACACAGUGCACGCCCUGGCGAAGUUCAAAGGGAUCAAAAGCAUUGAGACUUUUGCUAUGAGCAUCUGUGAACACUUCCUCUCUUCCUUUAACCACGUCACCCGAGCCCACGUCUACAUGGAAGAGGUCCCCUGGAAGCGUUUUGAAAAGUACGGAGUCAAGCACGUCCACGCGUUCAUCCACACCCCCACGGGAACACACUUCUGUGAGGUGGAGCAGAUGAGGAACGGACCUCCCGUCAUUCACUCUGGAAUCAAAGACCUCAAGGUCCUGAAAACAACCCAGUCUGGAUUUGAAGGGUUCAUCAAGGACCAGUUCACUACUCUCCCUGAAGUGAAGGACAGAUGCUUUGCCACUCAAGUUUACUGCAAGUGGCGCUACCAGAAACUGGACGUGGACUUCGAGGCCGUCUGGGGCGCUGUCCGGGACAUUGUCCUGCAGAAAUUUGCUGGGCCCUAUGACAAAGGCGAAUACUCACCUUCCGUGCAGAAGACCCUCUAUGACAUACAAGUGCUAUCCCUGAGCCAGCUUCCUGAGAUUGAAGACAUGGAAAUCAGCCUUCCAAACAUUCACUACUUUAACAUCGACAUGUCCAAAAUGGGGCUGAUCAACAAGGAAGAGGUUUUGCUGCCUCUGGACAAUCCCUAUGGCAAAAUAACAGGGACAGUCAAGAGGAAGCUGCCCUCAAGGCUGUGACGUUAUGGCUCCAGCCAAUUGUGAUGCUGGGGAUGACUGUCUUUACCUGCAAAAAGUUCAACUCAGGAUAUUGAUUGCUUUUUGUCUGUAUGAAGUAAUUGGUUUUUGUUGUUGUUGUUGUUGUUGCUAGUUCAACAAGGAACUUGUAGUUGUGUGUACAUGGAGCCCCAUAUUAGCACGUUAUAACAUGCUCCAUGGCCGUGGGCAGUUUCCUUUAAAAUUACUGGGCAGUGUUAGGAGAAUCACAGUGAUAUUUCUCCUUGCUGUUCUUGUGUUCUCUGCCUUAGAAUCUGUCUUUAGAAUCCGAUCGUUCAGGAAAUAAUCAUAAAGUACUGGCUGUUGCCACAUCGAUUAAUUUGAACACUGUCAUCAGGGAUAUGUCUGUGUAGUGCAGAAAACAUAAUAAAACCGUGUGAAAAAAAAUCAUCAUAGCGUUUUUAAAAACUCUGCCACUCUGACAGAAGCUCAGCAUGGAGGAGGCCAGGUGGACAUGAAACUCCAACCCUAGCUGAGGAGUUAUUGGUGUUUGAUUGAGGCUGGAGGAGAGAAAGCCAGCUUUGUUUGGGGGUGUGGCACCUGGUAUGUCAAUCACAUUGAAGGAUCCUAGGGUUUUAUGCCCAGAAGUAGUCAGAUAAACCCAAACUGUCCUCAGUGGGAGAGAAAGAAAGAACAUGAAGUUGAGUGAGUGACGUAGACCUGAGAUGAACUGGGAUGGGAGGCAAAUAUUAUCAAAAUAUAGUGUAUAAAAUUCUCAAAUAAUUAAUAAAAACAUUAUCUUUAAAUGUUUAAAAACUACUUUUAAGUUCCUCUACCAGUUAGCAUGAAUAAAAACAAGAACAUUUUUAAAAAAA